GCAUGCUGAAGUAACAAAUAAGCAAAUCAUCAACCAUGGCUUAUCAUACGAGUCAAGGGAAUGGAUUAGACCAGAGUACUUCUUGGAGUGGUUGGAUUUGGGUUCCAGAACAGAGCUACUGGUAUUCUUAUCGAGUAAAUGCCGAAGGAAAGGAGGAGUACGACUAUCGCUACCCUGAAGGAACUGAGAAUCGAGCAGCCACGCCCAGAACAUCAGAUUUGACAGAUGUAUAUCCAUCGUCCCAAACCGGCGAUUCUAAUUCUUUUGACAAUAAUGCAACCCCAAGACCAUCGCACGUUACUUCGACCUCGAAUCACAAUUUUUACGAUUCUUCAGAUUCUACAGCCCAGAACUAUGCUAUCAAUAACUCAAACGUGGCUUGGCAACCCGAAAAUCCUUCUUCGAGCAAUGCUGCAUACCAAUCAAACACAGACGCAACCUCUUCAUCAAUUGAAGCCACAGCGCGUGCAUUUGAAACUAUGUUGUUGGAAACGCCCCGUUCUGUACCUACAGAAGCAUUUGAUCCGGAGGUGAAUCAGGCAAUCAUAAAUGCAAAGCAUAUCUCCAAAGCCCCGAACACCGGCAAUGCCGAAACUUUGGAUUCCAGAUACACGGUCUAUGGUGGACUCCAUCGACAAGAUGAUUUUUGGAAGGUUGGCCGCGUAUUCAUGAUGCUGUGGACUGAGCCAGCACAGCCAAAAGUUCCUGCAGCCGGAGGGACACGCAAUGGAUCACACUUCAGCACUACAUUUCUCGGAGAACAAGCAUAUAGUGAGAUUCGAAGGUUCGUAGUUGUGAUAAAGGGUUAUGGAAAUUCUGUUUGCUGUCCUAUACAAACAUACUCAGGGCAAGCGACGCUCAAGCCCAAUCUUCCAGCUCCUGGUCGACACACAAUCAUACAUACAACACCGCGGGCUCCCGAAGAGCACAGCUACGUCGCCAGUAACGGACAGUCGGUGUACGAGCAUCUCGUCUUAGAUCCUAUCCAGGUCGAUAGUGAACGAAGUCACGAGCCCGAGGGUUUAUUACACCCAUUGAGUCGAUUAAAUUACAGCAAGGUGUAUACUGUAGAGCAUUAUGUCCGUGUGUUAAAUAUUGGUAUGGUGGCCAUCACUUCAAUUGGUACCUUUCUCAGUCAGUCGGGUUGGCCUCAAAAUGUCCAACCAGUUGGAUCACAGCGUCCUCAUUCGAAUCGCCCAUCCAGAAGAAUAUCUGGCCAAUCUUCCAACAAUCGUAGGAAUCGCCGCGAGCAUAAGUAGGGGGUAUCUUCGACUGGCUUACAGAAAGAUUCCUUCACAGUCAACUCGAUACGUUAAGCUGUUCCACAUCCGAAAGUUUUCUCAUGCGCUGCAAGAAUAUUUUCUGGCGCCACGAAUCUCAGUUUUGUCUAUUUUCUUUAGCGCCAAACGUUUGGCACAGCUCUCUUCUAUAACUGUGUCCAUCUUGAAUCAUUUUUCCUAUCUUAUUUGUCCAUAUAUUCCCGAUAACUUCCCAGAUUUUGUUUUCUUGGAGGUCGAGAGACCAAUGCAUAUACGAAGCUUUCCCCAAGUAUCAGAGCACUUUUUUCUUUAUUGAAGCAGGGUAAUACUCUUACGCUCGUUCACUCAUUUGGUCGAGUUUUUCAUGAUUGAUGACACCCAUUUCUUUGGAUAUAUUAGACCACCAGUGGGUGUACGGACUGAUGGGAUACUCCUCAAGUUUCGAUAUUUUUGAUUAUUUCAUUCUUCAAUUGUUUGAUAUCAGAAUCUAUCUUUCUUUUUUUUAAAUCCCCUGUAGGUUAUUGCUACAGUUUUUAGGAUAUUACAACCAAUAACUCAAAAUAUAUUUCCAAGUCAGGGUUUGUAGUGUCCCGUCAGUCCAUACACCCACUGGUGGGCUCUAUUGUAUUAAAGAGAGAGCAACAUUCAACCCAGCUGUCACUAAGCGGCACAUUUCCAAGAGUUCAAAUCCCUCUACAGUUUAAUGGUAUA